CUCAUCUCCACGGAUCGCUUCCCUUCAGCUCUCAACCUCUCACCGACUCACCAUGCCAUCUCUCGCUCUCAACCUCAUCGUCACUACAACCCCUAGCCCUUGCUACCCUACAACGCUCGCCGCUCACCUCCAGCUAAGCUCCAAGGCUGCCACUGGGUCAUCUCAGCCCGGCUCUCACCGUGGCACCGUGUCAUCAGCCCAUCACUGCAAGUCAGCGUUCUGUUUUCGUGUGGCUUCCUCCUCUGCAACUCUACCUCGUUCUGACAAUAAUGGGAAUUUCUUCAAUCUAUUUGAGGAGUUGGAGGAAAAUGAUAAUGAGAAUGAUGAGUCUGAGGAAGUUAUUUCCUCAACUUGAAAUUAAUCAAGCUUAGCUUAAGUUGCUGCUGUAAAGUUUGCUUUACUGAAUUGGAUGGAUAUGUACGCAUUUGCCACUUCCUAGACUCUUUUAUGUGCUUUUUCUUAAUGAAUUUAUUGCUGGACA